AUGGUGGACUAUUCCAAGUGGGACGCGCUCCAGGUGUCUUCCUCCGACGAAGAAGGCUCUUCCGGCGCCAGGCCGCGCGUGCGUCGCUUCGAGGAAAGGCAGCGCGUGACGAUCGGCCCUGACGGUUUGUCGAUUGAAGGCGAUGACAGUCGCCCCUGCAAGAAAGUCGAGGAGGUAACAGACGAGGAAGGCGACGCCUGGGAGGAAGAAAUGGAGGGAGGCGACACUGCAGCAGACGAAGCUUACGAAGACGCACAUGAGUGGCCGAGAUGCGGCUACCUCCCUCCCAGCAGCAUUCCAGCUGCGGCGCCUUCAAACGAACCGCGAAAAGGCGUAGGAAACCACCCAGACGCCUCGGCUGCCUCUUCCUCCGGGGGUUUGGGUUCCUAUACUCCUCAGCGGGCGCAGAAGAGGGAAGACGAGGUUUUCCUCAUCCAAAACGGCGGCGUUGUCAAAGGGCGGUACUGGUGGAGUCAAACCAAGCACGAAGUCACGAUCGACGUGCAACUGCCUGAAGGCGCGCGAGCGAAGGAUAUGACUGUGGAAAUCCGGGAGGACGGAUGCUGCUGUAUGUACAGAGGAACGCCCGUUCUGAAGGGGACGUUUCCCCACAAAGUCGAGCCCGACGAAGAAAUGUGGUUCUGGGAGUUGAUUGAAAAGAGAGUGAACUGGGAGAGGCUCGAAAAACUCGCCGACAAAGUGAAUGGAGGGACUCAGAGUGACGAAGAAGCCCAGUCGAAGGCUGGCGAAACGCAGACAGCAGGCGCCGGAACGGCCGACUCAGAGCAGACGGCGACGGAAGGAACGACGAAGACGGGCGACCAAGAGGGCGAUCAGGCAGGAGAUAAGGGACAGGGAGGAGAUGGACACAGAGAGGGAGAGACGGCGUCGAUGAAAGAGGAACUUGCCAUGUUUUUAGAGCUGAAUUUAAGGAAGAAGCCGGAAAUCGCUGGAACCUACGUCUGGUGGGACUGCGUUGUGAAGGGUGACCCUUCCGUCGACGUGGAAAAACUUCCUGGAAGAGCGGCGAAGGAAGCGACGACAAAAAACUUCAAAGCCGCAUGGGAAAAAGCACACAAAAUGUUUCUCGAGAAACUGAAGAACGAACCACGAGAGCCCAUGGAAAUCUGA